AUGCUUGUCUCCACACCACAGCGGCAGCGUCCAGAUAUUGGCUGGUUCUAUCGCGUGCAAGAUCGUUUGCCCUCACUUCGGUGGCAGCUCUUGUUGCGAUGCCUCGUCGCUGCUGUGCUGCUUUCUACGGCUCUGUCCGGAAUCCUCCUCUUUAGCAAUCCCGACGGCUUCAGCACCCGCUAUGCACAGUUUCACGACUACCUCGCUGGGGGCGAUGAGGCAACCGCGGCCGUGAGCCCGGGCGGCACACCGGAGCCGGAGUCGGACCCGGCAGCGCCAAGUAAUAAGCACCCCAUCGAGGAGCUCAUGGCUGACGCCCGCAUGAGGCAAGAGACGCUCCUGGCCGCUCGCAGCUGGGACCUCCCCACGGCCGCCGCGCGGUAUCGCAAGCGACACGGCCGACAUCCUCCUCCCGGGUUCGACGCGUGGUUGCAAUAUGCCCUGGACCACGACGCCGUGGUUGUCGAGUCCUUUUUUGAUCGCAUCUACGAUGACCUGGCGCCUUACUGGGCGCUGGAUCCCCUGGUCAUCGCCCAGCGCGCCGCCUCCUGGCACCACGUCGUGCGCGUGCGCGGCGGCCAGGCAUACCCCGUGGGCUACACCAAGGGCCGGGUGCCGUGGCUGAAAAUCUGGACCGCCUUGGUUAAUGAGUCGGCGCCCUUUUUGCCCGACGUGGAUAUGCCCAUCAACUACAUGGACGAGUCGAGGUUGCUGGUGCCGUGGGAGCAGAUUGACCAGUUUGUCCAGAUGGAGCAGGCGACGCGCGCGCUGAUACCGAAAGACAAGGCGAUUAGGAACUUUUCCGGUCUAGAAACGGUCCAAGACGAUGCUGAACCCUACGACCCGGCAUGGCGGAAUGCGAGCUACGCCAGCUAUUGGGAUCUUUAUCGCGCCACCUGCCCUCCUGGAUCUCCGUCCCGGGACAUUGCUGCAAUGGCAAAUUUUGAGCAGCCACCGACGUUUCCCAAGAACUGGAAACCAGAGUUUUCAUAUCGGGGCUACGUGCGCAACUUUACAGCGUCAAUGGAUGCGUGUCUUCAGCCGCACCUCAGAGAACUACAUAGCAGCUUCGUCCAGCCUCUGAGCAUGUCUACAUCGACAGAGCUCAUUCCCCUGUUUGGUGGCUCUAAACUUCCGGGUAACAAUGAAAUACUUAUACCUGGAGCCAUGUACUUGACGGACAAUGUUCUUUACUCUGGUGGUGAAGAACUUGGCCCUCCAUGGAAUCAAAAAAAGGACGGCAUCAUUUGGCGAGGUGUUGCAUCGGGCGGAAAGAAUACAAAAGAUAAUUGGUCCCAUUUCCACCGGCAUCGCCUAGUCCAGAUGCUAAACGGGACAACCGUGGCAAGCAUGGAAAAGUCCAAGACACGCGCCCGUACGUUUGAAUUGCCGCCGCUCUCGCAAUACAAUAUCCCCAGACAGCGGACCGGCAGACUUGGCGCCUGGCUCAAGAAGUUCAGCAACGCCGGCUUCACCGACCUAUUGUGCUCCCCCAAGGGCUCCGACUGCGCCUACGUACAACCAUACUAUGACGAAGUGGACAAGAUCCCCAUGGUGGAGCAGUACGCCUACAAAUUCCUAGCCGACGUCGACGGCAACAGCUUCAGCGCGCGGUGGCGCGGAUUCCUGCGCUCCACGUCGCUGCCGCUCAAGGCCACCGUCUACGCCGAGUGGCACGACGCCCGCCUCGUGGCCUGGCGCCACUUUGUGCCCCUCGACAAUACCCUCCAGGACCUCUAUGGCGUCCUCGACUACUUUGCCGACCGCGACGCCGCUGGGGACGAGGCGGCUCGGGAAAUUGCCGAGGCGGGCGCUGAGUGGGCGGCUCGCGUUCUUCGCCGUGAAGAUAUGCUUCUCUACGUCUGGCGGCUGCUGCUCGAGUUUGCGCGAGUCUGCGACCAGAAGCGCGAGCUGCUUGGAUAUGUGGAGGAUUUGGAUGAUGUUCACGGGAACGGGAACCUAUGA